AUGGCGGCGUCCUCGCUGGAGCAGAAGCUGUCGCGACUGGAGGCGAAGCUGAAGCAGGAGAACCGCGAGGCGCGGCGGAGAAUCGACCUCAACCUCGACAUCGGCCCCGCCCGCGCCCGUCCCACCCUGCAGCUGCCCCUGGUGAGCGAGGGGGGUCGGGGGGGGCCCCCCGAGAGCCCCCAGCCCGCGCCCCCCCCCCGGCCCCGGCACAUGCUGGGGCUGUCCCCGACCCCGUUCCUGGUGCCGCGCAGCCUGGAGAGCAUCGAGAUCGACCAGAAGCUUCAAGAAAUCAUGAAACAGACGGGAUACCUGACUGUGGGGGGACAGCGGUACCAGGCCGAGAUCAAUGACCUGGAGAACCUGGGCGAGAUCGGCAGCGGCACCUGCGGGCAGGUGUGGAAGAUGCGCUUCCGCAAAACCGGCCACGUCAUCGCCGUCAAGCAAAUGCGGCGCUCGGGGAACCGCGAGGAGAACAAGCGGAUCCUGAUGGACCUGGACGUGGUGCUCAAGAGCCACGACUGCCCCUACAUCGUGCAGUGCUUCGGCACCUUCAUCACCAACGUGAGCACCUGGGGCACCUGGGGGGAGAAGCGCGGGGUGACACACUGGGGACACUGGGGACAAGGUGACAAUCGGUGUCCCCAGAUCGUGAAGGCGCUGCUGUACCUGAAGGAGAAGCACGGGGUGAUCCACAGGGAUGUCAAACCCUCCAAUAUCCUGCUGGACGAGCGGGGCCAGGUCAAACUCUGCGACUUCGGCAUCAGCGGCCGCCUGGUGGACUCCAAGGCCAAGACCCGGAGUGCGGGCUGUGCGGCCUACAUGGCGCCCGGGCGGGCAGGGCCGGCAGCCAAAGCAGCCGAGCCGGGCAGGAACCGGGAGCGCUUUCCCUGCCAGCACCGCCCUUACUGGGAGCACUGGGAGCGAACUGGGAGCAAAGAGCGCCCGGAGGCGAUGGGCGGGGCCAGAGCCAAGGGCGUGGUUAUGCAAAUAGAGAAGCAAACGCGCGCUGUGAUUGGUGGGCGGGAGCAGCGCGGGCAUUACCCGAUCAC